AUGCGAAUUCCUUUCAGGAUCUCAGCGCCGUUUCAAGUAGCUGCCGUGGCGCUGGUGCUCGCCGCCACAAUUUCAGCUAUAAUUGGACAUUGUUAUUCGGAUCAUAGAACUCUGGUCGCCUGCGGAUUGUUUCUCCUCAGCGGACUCUCGUUAGGCGGUGGCCUCAUAGUCCUUGCCUCUGCUUUAUCGGAUGCUUCGUUGGAGCUGCCGGGAAAGUAUAGUCUGCCCUCCACGUCGAGCAUGCAAGCCGACGACAACGGUCUGCCACAGUACCACUAUGGCUGGUGUCUUCAGUUGUCCGGACUGGCAUUGAUUUUGGCAGAAGUGGCAGCUGUUCUCACCAUGUCCGGUUAUAUGGCCCGUUUCUCCACGGUGGAGGAAAUGGUGAGAGUCAUGGUACCCGGUGCAGAGAGGAAAUUGAGAGAACAGAGAGGACUGAGUUCGGAGUACCUAGUUAGGGCUCAUCAGAAGUCGCCUGGACCUCCACAGGCUCGAGGAUUCGGGCAACCGUCGAAAGCGUCACAAAGAGGUCCCGAGGAAGGGACAUCCCUAUUAUGCAAAACUGCACCGGAUAUCUGUGCUUCGAAUCCUCAAGCUAUCAGCUACGUCGAUAAGGCAGACCUCUCUCACGUUUUACCAGCGUAUCCUGACUCCAAGAACCCGGAUCCGAGAUAUGCCUUCGGGGAUAAGUCAGAAGCCAGUGUUAUCGACUCACGGUUAAGUGGCUUCGCCGAUAAAGGAGGAUUGAUCGAUUCGAGAAUUUUGUCCGACUCGCGUCAAAACAUGAUCGCGUUCACGGAAAAUAAGGAACAUCCUGUUGGUCAGGAACCAAGAUACACAGAAUUUUCUCCUAGAACGACGGAGCAGAGCGUAGUUGAUUCUAGAACGAGUGGCUUUACCGAGAAGGAAGGUCUCCUGGAUUCCAGGCUCAGCGGGUAUGGGGAGAAAAAUGAAUCGUUACUGGAUACUCCUCCGUUCAGUUACGACUCGCGGUACAAUACUCUAGCUGGGCAGACAGUGCCCAUCACGUUGAAGAAUCAGAACACACCUGCCUCCGCGAUUCAGUCUCAAUACAUCUAUCAGAACUUUGGCACGAUACACUCUGGAAUUCUGAGGGUAUCCGAGCCAGGCACCAGCUCCAGUUCGAACUCGAGUCAGAGGAGUAUGACGCUGCAGAAUCCCAAGAGAAAAUCGCAAAUCGCUCAAAACACUUUCAGCACGAUGGAAUGCGAGAAGAGGAAACGUGGACCAGGCUUGGCUGGUAAGACAGGUUUCUACACAGGCAGCGCCGUAUGACCACCACCUCCACCUCCGACGCCCAGGUAACUGCAAGAGGAAGA